AUGAACUCCGCCGUGAACGCCUCUCCUUCAGUGACGGUGUCGAAUUUGUCUGCACCCCCGCCGAAUGAGUGCACCCCGAUGCUGCGGACACGUCCAGUGCCGAUGGAAGCGGAGUCGAUGCUGCGGCGGGAGGGGCAGGAUGAGAUGCCCUUUUGGGAGCGUGUUUCCUCCCCACUUCACCCGGUUUUUCGUAAGGUGCAGGAACACUGCCAUUACGAGUGGGUGGCGGCGUUGCUUUCUGCCAUCAUGUUAUUAACUCUUUUUGUUUUUAUCUUUUAUUUAGACACAUCGCCCAGGCCAGAGCACUGUGUGACGCCGUUUGGGCACCUCUUGGGGGAAAGUAGGGGCGUAAAAGCCUUUAGCAACUGCAACAGGGAUUAUCGAAACGUGGAGGAACACUUUGUGCUUGUCAGGACUUCGCUGAUUUACAGCGGGUUAAAGUGGCGGUCUGUGGAGUAUGCGCGACGUUUUUGGUUACUUGCAAAACGGCCUGCCGUGCAGUUUAUGUCUGUACAGAAUGCAGAAGACAUAUGGACAAGAGUUGUGUAUGCGUCGUACAUUACUGGAGAACGUGUGAAACUGUUCAAGUAUGAAAACAUGUUGGCAUGUGAUCAGACACCGACGAAAAAUACUGGUAUGAAGAAGAGUUUAUGGAAACAUUAUAAGCCACAAGUUGGUGAUCUACUUGUCUAUGCAAAUGACAGCAGCAUACCAGGAGGACAUGUUGCCGUUGUUGUAGGUAUUGUUUCCAUGCCAAGCAAUUCUGGUGCGAAUAAUUCCUCGAUGACGCAAUAUUCCAUGCUACUAGCAGAGCAGAACUGGAAUAAUGAGCCCUGGCCCCACCGUAGUAAUUUGGAAGGGAAGGACACACGCAACGACACCAGAUUGCUUGGCUACUACUCACGCGAGGUAUCUUUACAGGAAGUAGAAAGUGCGCAAAUGGUGUGUGUGAAGGAUCCAUGGGGAACUGUGCUUGGUUGGGUCCGGGCGUGA